UUUUGUCAAACUGUCGGCAACACUGAAAAGGAACGGUAUCCUUCUUGCAAGCCUUGAUUUGCAUUCAUUUAUUUGUUAUUGUACAUACAAAUUCAACAGAAUUUUUUCCAGUAGCUUUGCUGAGAAUAUAGUUUUCGGCAAUGUAAUUUGUAUUUUAUACUGAAGAAUAAUAAUUUUAUUAUCAAUAAAAAUUAGUGUGUAAAAUGGAAAACAAUGAGAUUACCAUGUAUAUGGAUGUUAAACUUGAUAUCCAUAAUAAACGCCCAGAUUCGCUGAAAUUCAAGCAAUGGUCCAGAUGUGAAGUGAAAAUCGAAGGUAUCAAAUGCCUACCUAGCUACUUGCGUAUCGCAAUCACUGGAUGCAAUGAUGCUGAAGGAUGCCUGACAGAUGAGGAACGCUCACAGUCGAAAAGAUACAUUAGUGUUUCGAUUAUAGUGCCGGGAGUUAGCAUUAGUUUGGCAUCAUCACGUACAAAAGAGUUCAGCUAUGGACUAUUUUGGACGCAAAAUCGUAAACAAUGCUUCAUAUAUUUUGCUUUGGAAACCGAGAUAAGUUGCAGGCGUCAUAUGAAAUGGAUCAAAAAGACUAUAAAAAAUUUAGAAUUACAUAGGCAAUUAAUGCUGGAGCAGAAUAGAAUCAGUCGCGGUCCAAGUAUGGGCGUGGCUGGUGUCCAUACAAGGCAGUGCGAUAAGGAAAAUAUGCAAGUUCAUACGGCAAAGCAAACUAAUGAAGAUGUGACUGAUGCUAUUUACUCAUCUCUUGGACCACUACCAAAUAUACCUAACUGCCAUGAUAAUAACGAAAAGGGCUGGUCAAGGCAUAAUUCGGAUAUUUAUGAAGAAAUACUUGAAUACAUUGACGGACAGCCUCGUCUGUCACGACGUGUGUCACGCGCAUCAAUAGCUUCAGGUAUUUACGAAGAGAUGAAACCUACGCCCCAAGCAUUUAACGCCAUCGAUGAAGAAUCAGCUGAAUCACAGCAGGGUUCAACAGUUGGAACUACACCGCCUCCCCUACCACCACUUCCGCCACCACGCAAACGCAUAAACACUUUCGAUGGUCAGGGAAUGCUAGGUGAAAUACCGCGUUCGAAUACAAACCCUGAAUCGGAAUUGGCCAAGAAAAAGAAAUACAAAAAUGUUUUGGAUAAUAUUUUUGGCAGUGGACGUGCUAAACGUGCCGAAAGCGUUAGUGAAACACAGGCUUGCACUGCAGAGGAUAUAAUUAAUAGCAUUACGCCGACUAAACCGCUUAAAGAUGGCGAGGUGACCACACCUAUAUAUGCUAACGAUGCAGCGGCGAUGAGGCAGAAAAAGUCAUGGACAACAUCUGCAUUAGCUAGUUCAAAGCGAAAUAGUUUUUCCUCACCAGAUCUGUCGAAGAUCAACUACUUGGACACGUUUGAUGAAAAUGAAAUUGUCGUUGCAUUGGAUGACUCAAUUGCAGCCAGUGAUGAUCUAUGUUUAAGCAUCGAAAGCCUGCAUAACGCUUGUUUCGUACCAACCAAAGAAACAUGUCCCGCAGUGAACGCAAAUGGAAGGCCAUCAACGGAUAGUCUAAAUGUGUCUGAGAAAAUCCCAAACAAUUUCAAUUUUUCGGCUAUAAAUUCAUCCAGUAUUAAUCUAAUAGGCUAUAAUGGUGCCACCAUACCUGCAAGUAACCAGCGAAAGAAUAAAAUAUUGGUAGACGAUUUAACGGGAUAUUGUGUGAUGGCACCUAUUAAACCAAAGAAAUCCGAAGAGACGGCUACCGACAAGGUGCCUACCGAGCCAACGACAUCUGGUUACUCAACUAGCUCUUACCCAUCAACAAGUUCUUCGUCCGCAGAAGAACCGAAAGCAACUGCACCAAAAGAAACUUGCAAAAACACUGCAGAAGAGAGUGCGAUAUAUGAGCAAAUGCUGGAUCUACACAAGUCCAGCACCGAAGUGGAGACCGUUACAAAUAAUUGUAAACUAAAGCAGAAUGAAGAUUCGGCUACGCUCAGUGCAUCCACCUCUAAAGUUGAUGAUUUUACCGGUAAUUUGUAUGAGAAUUUAUUGGCUGUGAAAGCAUCACAAGAGUUGGAGCAUAAACUCCCACCUGCGUCGCUAAGCACAAGUACCCCAACAGAAUCGCCGCACACCCAGCCUGCUGUGGAUAAUGAAAAGUUGACAGAAGAGGAUGAGAACUACUAUCAAACGCCACGAAAGUCAAUUAUCAGUGUCGAUGACAAAAUUCCUUCCUACUAUCCGAACAGCUGUGAUACCGUUAAAACGCGUCGACAUCAUACACUGGCUACGGCGAGUCCACAACAGACAGUUUUCAACGCUUCACCCACAGUAUCUAGUGCGAGCACAAUCGAGAAAUCCAACAACGCCUCAACAUCAGUUGGCUUACGUCACCUAGUUACGUUGAAGAUAAAACGUGAACGUAAAGAGAACCUUUACAUAUCAUCUCCGCAAAGCAUCAUCGAGCAGCGCCAAAGCGGAACGUAUGCAACGGAACAAGAUAACAAAACUGCACCGAAGAGCAGCAAAAUGCAUAAAUCUCUGCGCGCGGGUGCUUUAAAAAUCGCCGAACAUGUCUAUACAGUUAAGCACGCUAAGCAGAAGAGCAGCAGCGCCGAUAAGAAUCUCAAUAACAACAACAAUGAAGCGGAUGUGACAAAUUUUGCCGAAGAUGUGCGCGAACGCCUGCAGACGGAGUUGUUGCAGUUCGCACUGCUGCAAAAGAUUGAUUUCAAAUUUGACGAUGCAAAAGCUGCAGCCGAUCAGCAGCAUCCGUUGGAGUGUCUCAAAACGCCAUCGCCUACGGGAAGGCGACAACAGCCACACACUGCCGACAAGGAGCGCAUCUACGAGAAUCUGUUGCAACAUCACCUGCAGCUGCGGCAAGCUGAAAACCGCAUUGCGGCCGGAGUUGGCAGUAGCAGCAUAGCCACCACACCAGUGAGCAGCAACACCGUGACGAAUUCCAAAUUGGAAAUGCAUCAGAGCUGCAUGGCGGGUGUGGGCGAAGCGCCAAACAUUGUCGAUGGCGGUGGUGUGGUUGAGGUGGGCGACAGUUGCAGCGCAGAUGCGGCGGUGGGCGGCUUAAGUGGCGUCAAGAAAUUUGCCUCACUGCCGCGUUUCAAGAAAAUCGACUUCUCGCCGCUUCGCUUGCGAAUCAAUAAUGUGCUGCAGCGCGGACAGCAGCAGGAUUUUUAAUUGCCGCGAAGUGUGUCUGCUAGCCUGCCCAAACAGUGGCGAAAAAGGUUAAGUAAUACAGUUGAAACGUUAAUUAAUUGGCAGAAAUCGUUAAUACUUUAGAUGUAAUCGCUUUAAAAGUGUGCUUAUAUAAGCUCUAGACUAUUUUACACUUGUUGAGUUUUCUAUGCUAUUUAACUAUUACGCAGCUUAAAGCUCUUGCGCUUGUUUUUAAUCGUUAGCUGUAAGUUUUUAUGUAAGCUCUCUAAUUUUGAAAAAGCUUUGGCUGUUCUAUGUAUGUAAGUAUGUAUGCACUUGAGAAACUGUAUGUCUAACGCUAAUAACUGCAUAUCAAUUGCCCAUUGUUUGCUUUGGCGGACAUUUAGAGUACAAAAAAGUCGAAAUUCGAAAUUCCUCGAAAGUGUGACUUUUCGUGAAUUACAGUAUUGAAAAUUAAUAACUAAAAUUUUCCAUAACUUUUCAUUUAAUUUUUUUUCUUAUUGUUCCUUUUCUUUAAAUAAUUUGUACUUUCGAAUGUGUGUGUUUACUGCGUGUGGUAUGAAAAACAACAUUGUACAUUGUACAAGUAAAAUACUAUAUUAUAAAAAGGCUUUGUAUUUUAAAU